AACUGUUAAAUGUACUUGCUAUAAAUUAGAACAUAUUCCAAUAUUCCUUAACGUUAUUCCUUAACGACAGCACCAUGGUAUGCUUCUGUUUCCUGGUGGACCAAACGCGCCAAGUACGGCGGAGCAAGCCGGCGGCGGGGUUUUGCUCUAAGUGCGGCGGCGGAGCAAGCGUGGUGGAUAUGAAGACCGCCACCAGAUUUUGCUAUGUUCCCUUUUACUGGAAAUCUUGGAGAGCCAUCGCCUGCACUUUUUGUGGUGCUGUCCUUCGUUCUUACCAUUAGUCAUCAUCACUCUUUUCCAAUUUCCAACUUCCAAUCCAAACCAUAGUUUUUUAUUUUAUUCUAGGGUUCGUUUUUUCCUUUUUAAAGUCUAAUACGAUAUUGUUUUGGAACGAAAAUCAUAUUUUUAUAAUUUUAAUUUAUUUUAGAAUUAUUAUAGUCUUUAUAAUUAUAAAUUUUUAAUCUUUCAAUUUCGAAAUGAUAACGAUGUCAUUUUGAAAAUAAAUACAUGUAACUUGCAGUAA